GAUUCUAUGAAAUGUCUUCGUUCGACGAGAAGCAAGCCACAACGUUACUAAAGGAGCGGCCGAUCGAGUUUGUCAACUACAACAAGCAUCAGCUGUCGCGAGUGUACCCGGCGGGUACGAGGUUCGAUUCCUCUAACUUCAUGCCACAGGUGUUCUGGAACGCCGGUUGCCAGCUAGUGGCACUCAACUACCAGACGUUGGAUCUGGCCAUGCAGCUCAACCUGGGAACCUUCGAAUAUAACAGGAGAUGUGGCUACAUGCUCAAACCGGAGUUUAUGAGGCGGAAGGUGAGGAUCGGCGGCUGGACCCGUUCGCCGAGAGCAUGGUGGACGGCAUCAUCGCGGGCUCGCUGUCCGUCAGCGUGGUGUCGGGCCAGCUGCUGACGGACAAGCGCUGCGGCACCUUCGUGGAGGUGGACAUGUACGGCCUGCCGGCCGACACCGUGCGGAAGAAGUUCCGCACCCGCGUCGUGCCCAACAACAGCAUCAACCCCGUCUAUGGCGACGAGCCGUUUGUUUUCAAAAAGGUGGUGCUGCCGGAGCUGGCCAUGCUGCGGGUGGCGGCGCACGAGGAGGGCGGGCGCCUGCUGGGCCACCGCGUGCUGCCGGUGCCGGGGCUGCGGCCGGGCCUCCGCCACGUGGGGCUGCGGACGGAGCUGGGGCUGCCGCUGGCCGCCACGCUGCUGCUGCACAUCAAAGUUACGGACUACGUGCCAGACAAACUGUCGGAGCUGGCGGAGGCUCUGGCGAACCCGAUCAAAUACCAGAACGAGAUGGAGAAGCGAACGUACCAGCUGUCAGUGUUGACUGACGACGCUGAGGAGAUGACCGCGCCCGACAUACCCAAGCCAGCCCCCGCUGUCACGCUGACCCAACCGCAGCCGGACAGCUUGCCACCUGAGGGAAGUCCGAAUAAAACUCAACCAGCGACUGAUUGUAAACACAACGAUGAGCUGCCGCAACCACUUGAUAAGACAUCCAAAGCGGAAGAAACGGAGACCAAAUGGAACGGAACCAAUACAGAAAUUUCUGCCGAGGAUACUCUUAAUGCAUUAUUCAAUAGUAAAGUGGUGAAGGACAAACGGUCGGAACUGGCGCGGAAGUUAGACGCGCUGCGACGGAAACAGACGCGGAACAAACCAGCUGCCAAGUUCUUUGUGAAGAGGAUAUCGAUUAAGAACAUGGGUGACAACAGUGUAGUGAGCGAGGAAGGUAACCCUGGGGUCAGCAGCGGUGGUGGAGAGGAACGCGAGCUGCGGUUACGGUACCAUCACCAGAUCUACGCAGCGCUGGAGAAGAAUCUCAGGAACCAACACCAACAGCAGAUGAAGGCGCUCACGGACCUGCUAGACUCUGAAAAGAAGGAAAUACUGAAUCGAUUGGCGAACUCCCGCAAGGAAGAUGUGAAGGCACUCGCGAAGGAGACCAUUCGGGAUAAGGAUGAGAUACUUCGACGGAAGCGGGAAAUACAUACUCUCUCUGUUCAGCGAGGUGUGACCGAGUGUUCCCGGCUGGAGCUGGCCCACAUGCAGCGCCGCGAGCUGCUAAUGUUGGCGCACGAGAGACUCACCGCGAUGCUGCAGAGAUACCGCGAACAGGAAUUAUCGGAAUUAGAGCAGCUAUGCGGCGGUGCGCCGGAGGGUUAGUCCGCCGUAGUGACUCACUGAGAACUAACUUGGAUACGACGCGGACGGACGCGUCGGUUGGGAACUGUCCCGAUACUUCGGCCGCAGUGAGCGGCCUCUACCGACUUCUAACUCUAACGUUUUUCUUUAGGAAUCUGUGAUAUUAACUCCUAAGCAUAUGUUGUGUGUUGUGUACUCUUCGAAUUGUCCUUCGAUACGUGCGUUUGUAUUGAACUUGGUGAUUUGAUUUCGAAGCGUGAUACGGCUAUGUGAUUUUAUUUGUUUAUCGUUUCCGUUUUGAUCUGUAUUCAUUCCUGCAACAUGCAAAAUAGCUUGGUAGUUAUUGGUUAAUGAAUAUUUCAAAAAGACAGCUAUGAAAGAGCUUUGAAAGAGAAUAAGGUCUUUUUGGGUGUCCUUGAAAACAAGCCAAAAUGAUCUUUAUAUCUCUCACUUAUUUAGUGUCUUAUAGAUUUAACAAUUAAUCUGUGUGUCUUCAUAAUUUACCUUCUUAGUAUAAACUAUCUUGAGCCUUGCAGUACUAAAUAUUAUAGUCAUGUGAAGUACCAUGAUGAAAAUGUUUUUUAAACAUCUCUGAUAAUUAUUUUAAUAAUUAUCAACUCUCCUAACUAGGUAUAAGCUUAUAAUAACUGGCAUAAUAUACACUAUGUCUUAUUGAAAAAUAUUACUGUAUUAGUAAUAGACUAAAUGCGCAAAUCUAUCUAAUGCUUGUUAACAAAAAUUAUUGGAAAACGUGCUUUAGUUUUUACCAAGUUCUCAAGCUAGAAAUCUUCCGAAUAUGAAAGAACUCGAAUGAGACACUACCACUGUUACUGUAUGUUCUGUUAACAAUAUACAGGAAGUCCCAAAGUUAUGGGACAUGAAGGGAAAGUACCUUUAAUAUCGUAGAUAGGGUAUUUUACUGAAUGAAGACUUUAUGUUAUUUUUAAAAGUUGGUAAUUCUGCAUUCAAACAUUUUAUAAAAAUUACUUGCAUCGUCUGAGAAUCGGAACCGACUUAAAUGUAAAAAAAAACAAACCUACUUUUAUUAUGCCAAUCAAAAGAAUGGCCAAAAAGUAAUAACUCUUCCUAAGUAACAUAGUAUUUUAAAAGAAAGGAACAACGUAAAAUGUUUGAGUCAAUUUUCGAGAAUGUUAUUUAUUGCCGACGACGACGUCCGAAAAGUAGCGAUAUCUAAAAAAAAAACUUUGAAUGCAGCAUUACUAACUUUUAAAAAUAACAUAAAGUCUUCUUUCAGUAAAAUACCCUAUCAACGAUAUUUAAGGUACUUUCCCUUCAUGUCCCAUAACUUUGGGACACCCUGUAUUUAUUUCAAAGUAUUGUUACAAUGAGCAAAUUGAUCUCCAAUUCUACACUGGUCAUACCGGUGAUAAGUUUCGAAUAGUUAUUCGAGGCGUGAAUGAGUGUGUGUCUCACAAAUAAACUUUCGAUUUAAUGUUAUACAUUGUUAUAGUAGAUCCAUAUAUUAUUAUCGUAAGCGAACUGAAGCACAACUAGUGACGGCACAAAUAUUAUAUUAUAGUGAAUGUUCGAUUCGUAGUAUUAGUUUAGCUGAUUGUUUUACGCAUUAUGUUCUCCUAGUCAGCACAAUGUAAGCUUGCCCCGCACAAAAGAUGCAUAUCGGUAGCAAUCUAUAAUUAUCUAUUGGUUGUGGCUACUUGCCUUUCCUUUUAAUUAUUAAAACUUUUGUAGGAAAAUUUCAACUUUAUUUACUAACACGGCUUUAUCGGUGUGGGUACCGACUAGUUUCGGACCAUUCGGAGAUCCUUCAUCAGGGUGAGUGUAGCGGGUUCGCGAUAACGUCCCGUCUCAUACUGCGGACUUGUGCUCGGAGUGCGCGGCUGGACAGGGCGGGGGACGCCGAUGGUGAUGACGAGCAUGGUAUCAUUGCAUCUUUUGUGUCACUGUUAGAGUUCAUGGGUGCACAAAAAGUACUCACAAUGUUCACUACGUGAUUAUCGAGUCUAUGGGUCUUAUUGCGAGAUGCGUUUAACAACACGGCUUUCCAAGUAGGCGGCAGAGACCAACCCUUGUUUCUUUUAAAAUUAGGUCGAUUUCUAUGGCUUCCAGAAGCUUGCGAGGCACAAAGUUUUUAUCGCGGGCCAAUAUUUUCACCUUAUCGAACCCAAUAUGGUAAUGUAAGCUAAUGAGGUCUCGGAGCUUAGGGCAUGCUGUGCCACUGCCGAGGUGUUGGUGUCCAAUUUUCGUACACUGCGGUGAGUCUGGUUUUUAUGUUGCGUCCCGUUCACCGUUGUAGCUAGUUCGCCAAAACCGUAAGUAAAGCCGUGUUAAUAAA